AUGGAUUCAGAAAGUCUCUUCAAUGUCAAGGGCAAAGUGGUGCUGGUCACCGGCGGAGCCAAAGGUAUCGGUCGCAUGAUCUCCGAGGGUUAUGUGACCAAUGGUGCCACUGUCUAUAUUUCCUCGCGCGAUGCAAAGGCCUGCGAGAAAGCAGUGAACGAGCUAAAUGCUCUCGGCAAGGGCAAGGCACAUGCCAUCCCCGCCGACUUCUACAAGUACGAGGACGUGAAGAAGCUGGCGGAGGAGCUUGGCAAGCGCGAAAGCAAGCUUCAUAUCCUUGUCAACAACUCCGGCUCCAAUUGGGGCGCCCCCUACGACGAGUAUCCCACCGCCGCCUUCACCCGCGUCCUCACCCUCAACCUACACCGCGUCUUCGAUCUCACUCAGCUCGUGACCCCAUUGUUGGAGAAGGCCUCCGCGGAGAACGAUCCGGCGCGCAUUAUCAAUAUUGGCAGCGUGGACGGCCUUCGUGUCCCUUCGCUAGAGACCUUUGCCUACAGUUCCAGUAAGGCCGGUUUGCACCACCUGAGUCGGGUACUAGCAAACCACCUUGGCAGACGCAACAUCACUUCUAACACUUUGGCUUGCGGUCCCUUCGAGAGUAAGAUGAUGGCUGAGACGCUCAAGUCUUUUGGCGACGCUAUCAAGUCUGGAAUCCCACUGGGCCGGAUCGGAACUCCCCAAGACGUGGCCGGCGCUUGCUUGUUCUUGAGCAGCCGGGCGGGUGCUUAUAUCAAUGGUGCAACCAUUCCUGUAGAUGGUGGCAGUGUUAUCGCUGCCAAGAUUUAA